CGAAAAGAUCGUUUCUAAGAUUUUGGCUUAUUAAAAUAGCCACAAAUACUUCAAUUUAAGACUUUUUGUGAUGCAGGUCUGAGGCACAGCACCCGCAUCUUAAAACACAUUUGGGUGGUGAUAUAAAAACGCCACAGAUUUACGGAAACGUUUUGGGGUUCCGGGGAUGUUGUAAGCGGAAAAGCAUGUGUUGAUGAUCUCGAAUAGAAAAAUGGAAGCAAUCAAGACAGAUUUACGUCUUUUACUGGAGUGUCUGAAGUACCAGAUGAAAUUGCCAGCCGCCCAGAAACAAGCUCUCCUCACCAUCCUCUCUAUCUGCAAACAUAACGCAGGUCAGUAUGUGGAGUUCUUCAUAGAGAUCGGAGGGAUUUCAUUCAUCUAUAACCUGUCAAAGUCUUGCUCUUACUCUGAGGUUAAACAGACUGCACUUUUUACACUCGCAUCCUUGGCUGAAUUGUAUGAAAGCUGUAAGCAGACCCUGUGUCGGGAGGACACUUUUCGUGAUUUGGCGCAGCGUUUGGAACAGGAAAUGCCUUUGACAUACAAAAGAGUUGCAGUGUACAUGCUGGGUGUCCUGGUUGCUAACAACAGAUGUGGCCAGACUUUUGCUAAGACCUCCAGGUGUAUUGAAAUCUUGCUCAAUUUGUUCAGGAAUAGUUUUCCGGAGCAGAAUGAGUCUUAUGAGCAGACACAGUUUUGGGCCGCUGUAUUCAGCGCUCUCUGUGGCUCUGUUAACAACCCUCAGAAUGAGGAGAAUCAGAAUGCCUGCACGUGUGCAUUUACCCUGGUUAUAAAAUGGCUACAGGAGGUGACAUUGCCCCGAGCAGAAUUGGCACAGCCUAUAUGUUCAUUUAUUGGCAUGACGGUGGCAAACAAUUCCGGUGCUCAGGAGUAUUUUGUGUCCGUGGGAGGCCUGGAUUCACUCUCUAACACUCUUACCAGAGUUUUGCCUCAGUCUGCACACAGUGCAGCUGCUUGUAAGAUGGCCACCGUAAUUACUAAAACACUGUCCGCUUGCAUCUCCAGCAAUGAGUUGUUGAUGCCUUGUUUAUCGAGUUUGAGGGUUGUUCCAGGGCUGUUGUCUCUGUUGUCCAGUCCAAACCUUGACCCUCAAGGCCAGCUCGCUGUGAUGGUGACGAUCGGUCAGCUCACUGAUGCCAGUGUGGAGCAUCAGUCUCAGCUGGUUUCGUCCGGAGGUCUUACUCUGAUGAUUUCACUUCUCACUGAGGCCACUGAUGAAGAGGUCAAGAGAGCAGCUAUGUUUGUACUUUACACUUGCAAGAGAAUCACUGAAACGUUAUGUGGGAGCAUGUCUGUAAAGCUAGGAGUGGAGUGUGAUAUGGAGAGACACUGGCAGUCAGCUGCUGUCAUCCUCCAGAGAAUACAGCAGCUAGAGAAAAAGCUGGAAAAAGACAACGAAAGCCAGCACAGCGGAGAGGAGUCGGGCUCAUCUGUGAUAAAUGAUGGAGAAUGGUUCGAGGGCUCCGUCAUACGCAAGGUCAGAGAUCAUCAUCUUCAAGCAUGUGAGGUGUUGUGUCGUCCUUCUGCUGGAAAUCCGGAUCAACCAACAACAAAUCCAAGAACGUAUAACCAAGAAAGCAUGCAGGGUGUCCGAAAGCAUGGGAGUUCUGCAGAGUAUUUGGGUCCUUCCCAAAUCACUAUUUUUCGACACAGUAACUGCAAAAAGGAAAUAAUGGAAGAGCAAACGACUGAACCUGAGAGCUUAUUUCAGAUGACUGAAAUGAGCAAUGACAGGGAGACCGAGAUGUAUGUGAAGAAGAGUAAACUAAAGUCUGAAACAGUAGUGAACAGAUUGAAGAUGAUCGAGGCCCUCACUAAACCAACCUUGGAAGGCGAUAAACCUUCUCAAAGCUGCAACACACCAACAAGGGGUGACAGAGAUACAAAGGGCCCAGAUAUUUUCAAACAUCCUGAUCUUUGGAAGAGAGGCCAGCGCACACAGACUCUUUCUGAUGAUGAGAUCUCUCUGUGCUCUGAGCUGUUGGACAAAGAAAUUAAGAGAUUUCUGAAGCCACCAUUCACCUCUAAAUCCAACAUCUUACGCUGUGCAGGUUGUGUAAAACUUAUGCACGAGGUGGACAGUCGUUCCUUUGGCGCUGCGAUGCGUGGCUGCAGGUAUCAUUGUGAUUUUCAUCAGGUGCUUCAGAAGGCUGAGGAUCAUUACAGGAAAAGCCAGCAGUUAGAGAGGGCUAGCUACACUCCAGCACGUGCUCACAUCAACACACACAGAGAGGAGACAAAAAGCAGAGAGUGGGACAGAUGUUUAAGUCUAACGCCCCUGAGAAGGCAGUGUGAAAAAUGGGGUUCAAACAUCGAAGAGAAAUUAGUUAAGAGAAAACUCGAGACAUCAUUUGAUAAUUGCUCCCAAAAAAGUACUUCAGGCAGAAGGAGAGACCGGAAGAAUUGGUCUGCUGAAGAGCUGCACUACCUCAGUAAGGGUGUGAAGAGGUUUGGUCACUCCUGGAACACCAUCCUCUGGAAAUAUCCCUUCCAGAAGGGACGCACCAAUGUAGACCUUGCCAAGAAAUACCAGCGCAUGCAGAAAGCUAAAGCUCAAGGUUUGGAUCUGUCUUAAGCAGGAAAUCUCUAAUGUGUACCCAGGGAAACUUGAAAUGGAUCGUCUUGUUUUCUGUUAUCAAACUUUAUGCAUUUGUUGGUUUUUGUUACGUUGGUUGUUGUAUAUUUAACAGAGACAGUAUAAUAUAUUUGUUAAUGUUAAUAUUUUGUUUAUGGAUCUUAUGGUUUAUGCAAAAAAAGUUAGAACAUUUUGUCUUUCUUACUAGAGACAAAUGGUAACAGAAAUGUUGGUUUAUAUAAAGAUUGUUAUAUUUUUCUUUGCACAAUUACAUUUAUGGCCAAAAAAUUA